CACCACCGCGCGCGACCGCCUUCUGCACACACACAAACACCACGACACCGAAAUUAUCCAGCUGCCUGGUGAAAACGCAUUUUCUGCCUCGCGUACGCCUACUACAGUUCGCGCCCGCAACCGACAGUCAAUCGAGCGGUCGUCCGAUAGCCCGCAGAGCAUCUGUGGCCAGCACAACCUCCCAUAAGCGUCUUCCUUCCCUUGGCUGUACGACCCACGGCGGGGGACCUGGCGCUCCCGUCCUCCACCAAACAUCCUCUGCAGCCUCCACUUCAAUAGAAGCAAAUCGCAACCAUCGUCACGUGUCCUGGCGCGCAAUGGAGAGCAUCCAGUUGUCCCAGGUGCUCGCCGACCUGAGCAACCUUGGAGCUGCGGAACCCGAGGCCGCGGCUGCCAUAGUCAACGCGAACAUUCCCACCAUGAGGACCGACGUCGUCAAGCCAGAGUCCGCCGUCGCGAGCGCUAUUCAGACUCAAGCCCAGUCUCAGCUACAGCAGACCCAGUCGCGACCUUCCUCGUCCAUGAAGCGGACUUGGUCCGCCGAGGGCGGCGUGCCGCCCAAGUUCGACAAGCUGGGCCGCCGCAUUCUCAUCAACUCGUCCGGUUCGCGCCCCGGCUCCGCGACCAGCUCGAUCCCGGGGACUCCCCGCCGGGUGGACUCGGACGUCGAUGAUGACCUCGAGCGGGCCAGCACGCUCAUGGCUCUCUACGACAUCCGCGCCAAGAUUAAGCAGCAGGACAACAGCAGCCUCAUGAAGGCCCGCGAGAAGAUCAACGCUCUGGCGGCCAAGCAGCAGGCCCAGCAAGCGGCGGAGCGCAAUCUGCGGGCCGCCGAGGAGGUGCGGCGAAACCGCUACUCGUUCCCCAAGUCCGGUCUUUAAUCGUCCUAUCCGAUCGGAGCGGCUCGGUUCUGCCUGUUUCCCUCUGUUUUACUUGCCCAUAGAGCCCAGGGCCUCUUUUUUUACUUGCUUGUGGAUGUUCGGCGUUUCCGGCUUGACAACACGGUUUCCUCAGAUACCUUUGCCAUCUUUCCUACCCGUUUUGGGAGGGCUGGUGACCAAAAGCAACAAGAUGACGACUAUUGAUAACGACCUACGGCCUGAACCUACGAAACGAGUAAUACCGACAAAGCGGAGUCACCGCUAGGGAACGGCGGAGGACAAGGAUCGGAGCACCCUGUGCAACAAUGAUCAAUCAUGACGCUUUGUUUUUCUCUCUUACUAGUCGAUUGCAUCCUCCCGGUUGCACUGGCAGGCGUUGCUGGACAACGGUGCCGGACGCCCCAGCACCGCAGCGAAACCUGGCAGCCCGUCUUAUGAGUUUUGUGGUCUUGCUCCCUCUCGGCCUUUAGGAGCGGCCUUGCGCCGUCGCAUGAGAGGGGGCCACCCGAGUGUGGGAGCACGAAUACCUACGUACCAACCGGGCAUGAACCAGCGUAUUUGCUCUUGUAGGGCAUCCGCCGCGGAGGGGCGAGAGCGGCUAUUGCCAAAUGUACAGUACUGCCAAUUCAGCCUUAAUACCUAAGCCUAUUGAUG